AUGGUGUCAGUGAACUUGGGUCCGUGUUGGUGGAAGAAUGUUGACCGUCCGAUCUCGCCGCGUGGAUCCUACAACUCACGAAACAAGAAACUCAGAAGAAUGCGAGCGCUUCUGAUACCGCGUCCUAUCGCCGUUAGAUCAUCUAACACGAACAUCAUCGGAAG